GAUCUGAUCUGCAGGUAUGUAUCCCAAAGGGCUCCACGUGCUGCUCGAGGAAGAUGGAGGAGAAGUACCAGGCAACAGCCCGCCUGAACAUGGAGCAGCUCCUGCAGUCUGCCAGCAUGGAGCUGAAGUUCCUCGUCAUCCAGAACGCUGCUGUCUUCCAAGAAGCCUUUGAAAUUGUAGUACGGCAUGCAAGAAACUUCACCAACAGCAUGUUUAGGACCCACUACCAGAGCAUGGGGCCCAGAGCUCUUAAGUUUGUUGGAGAACUUUUUACUGAUGUCUCGCUGUACAUACUGGGCUCUGACAUCAGUGUUAAUGACAUGAUAAAUGAAUUUUUUGACAGUUUGUUCCCUUUGGUUUACUCUCACUUGAUUAAUCCCGGCUUCUCUGAUUCCUCUGUGGAAAUGACUGAAUGCCUGCGGGCAGCCAGGAGAGACCUCAAGGUCUUUGGUAACUACCCGAAGAUGAUGAUGACGCAGGUGUCCAAGUCACUGCAGGCCACGCGAGUCUUUCUGCAGGCACUCAACCUGGGGAUUGAGGUGAUAAACACUACUGACCAUUUAAGAUUCAGCAAGGACUGCGGACGAGCGCUGCUAAAGAUGUGGUACUGCUCGCACUGCCAGGGGCUCCUCCUGACCAAGCCCUGUGCUGCCUACUGCAGUGUAGUGAUGCAAGGAUGCUUGGCGGGCGUCGUAGAGAUCGAUAACCACUGGCGAGAGUACAUCGGGUCCCUGGAGGGGCUGACCAAAGGCAUGCGUGGCAUCUAUGACAUGGAGCAUGUCCUACUGAACCUCUUCUCCUUGGUGCGCCAUGCGAUCCUCUACGUGCAGAAGAAUGAAGGAAAGAUCUUGACAACU